UGCCGAGGAGUUGUCAAUAUGAGGUUACGUCAUCAGGAACGCGACAGCUUGUGGGGGGGUGGUAGUAGGCGCGUGUCAGAGUUGUUCGCACGUGCUGUGGCCGGAGCCGGAGCCAUGAGCUGCCCGGUGACUUGCGCCGCCUGGGUGCGCAGGGGAGUCGCCAGGGAAACGCCCGACAAGGUGCGGCUCAGCGCGGAGGAGCUGAAGCGGCUCAUCGGGGAGGCGACGGAGACGCUGCGAGAAGAAGCAGAUGGUAGUGAUGAAGAAGAACAUGGACAGGCAGCAGAAGACAUCAUGGAUGUUGCUAGUGGUGAGACAGCUGAGCCUCCUCAAGAAGAUGAGGACCAGGAAGAAGACACUGCAAAGCUGAAUGAUGAUGAGCUGGCAGAGUACGGUUUGGAUAAAUAUGAUGAAGAGGAGAAUACAGAUGCUGUGAGCCUUGGAGACACCUUAGCCGGUCUUACGGUGCAUGGGAGUAAUGAAUGUGAUCCUUACGUCACCAUUAAAGAUACUGAGCAAUAUGAACAGGAAGAUUUUUUGAUUAAGCCCAGUGAUAAUCUGAUCAUUUGUGGAAGAGUUGAUAAGGACCACUGCAGUCUAGAAGUUCACCUUUAUAAUCAUGAAGAGGACUCAUUUUAUGUACACCAUGAUAUCCUCUUGCCUGCAUACCCUCUAAGUGUGGAGUGGCUUAAUUUUGAUCCUAAUCCUGAUGAAUCUCCAGGAAAUUAUGUUGCAGUGGGUAACAUGACGCCUGUUAUUGAGGUCUGGGACCUUGAUAUAGUGGAUUCUCUAGAGCCAGUCUUUUCUCUUGGAAGUAAAAAAGAGAAGAAGAAGAAGAAGAAAAAGGGAAAGAAGAAUUCAUCUACAGAAGGGAAUCAGGAUGGGCAUACUGAUGCAGUUCUUGACCUUUCAUGGAAUAAGCAAAACAGAAAUGUGUUAGCAAGUGCUUCAGCUGACAACACUGUAAUUCUGUGGGAUAUGUCUGUGGUUAAACUGGCAGCAAACCUUACUUUACAUAUGGACAAGGUCCAGACACUACAGUUUCAUCCAUUUGAAACACAGACCCUUGUUUCUGGAUCUUAUGAUAAGUCUGCUGUCCUGUAUGAUUGUAGAAGUCCACAGGAUAACCAUCGAAUCUGGCGGUUUAGUGGACAGGUUGAGAGAGUGACUUGGAAUCAUUUUUCACCUUGUAACUUCUUAGCUAGCACAGAAGAUGGCUUUGUGUACUGUCUAGAUGCUCGUUCCGAUAAGCCACUUUUUACUCUGAAGGGUCAUAAUGAGGAAAUAUCUGGACUUCAGUUAAGCAGUCAGAUCAAAGGGUGCCUUGUGACAUCAUCUGCUGACAAAUAUGUGAAAAUUUGGGAUAUUCUGGGAGACAAGCCAAGUCUGAUCCAUUCCAGGGAUAUGAAAAUGGGUGUUCUCUUCUGUGCAGCUUGUUGCCCUGAUUUGCCAUUUGUCUAUGCCUUUGGAGGGGAGAGAGAAGGGCUUCGCGUCUGGGAUAUAAGCACUAUUUCUGCAGUGAAUGAAGUUUUUGGAAGCAGAGAGAGGUUGGUAGCUGCCAAUACAAACUCUGCAACUAGCAGCUCCUUUGCCACCAGUAGCAGCAAAAGUCCAGAAGCAGAAAUGGAAUCCUGAUGGAUCAAACUUCACAUAGAUGGUAUAUAAAUGCAAAAUAUCAAUCCAGAUUAUACUUUGGGACUACAGUUAAUAUGUACUCUGCACCCACUGGUUUGGAAAGUAUUCAUGGAAGUUUAUCAAGUUUCCUGUAAUCUGCAGCUUUUUUUCAUGUUGUGGGAGGAAAACAUGGUCUUGUGGUUAAGAUAUAGGAGUCAGAACUUAUGGGUUCCUGCCUCUCACUGACUUGGAAAAAUUAAGUGACAUGCCUGCAUCUUGCUUUACCUAGCACUGAAAUGGGGCUAGCACAUCACAUGUGCGUUUGUAAACUUCACUUGUAAAGUGAUGCCUCUUUGGCAGGAAAGCACUGUGCUGCUGUAGAGUGUAUAAAAAGGAUUGUAAUGAAUAGAUUUCUUUUUAGUUGCAAAUGAAAACUACUUCAACUGAAAAUUGCCACAAUAUUUAAAUGAAGGGCUGAACAAAAACUUUUUAGUGUAAGUAGUCAAACAAUGCUUAAGUUCCCCCAGAGUACGCUGAUGAUGGACUGUUUAACAAAUUUCUAAUAUCGCUUUUCAAAGAUUAACAUCUUACUUUAAAUCUCUUAGAACAGUGUUUUUCAACUGGUGGAUGGCAAUUGGGGGCUGUGAAGCAUUGUAAAACUACCAUACAAUCUAAAGCAAAGAAAAUCUCACUCCCUGCACACCUUUACUCUUCAACGUCAACUGUUCUGUAAGCUUCUCGAUACACACAAAUUACACAGGUUUAUUGUUGUGAUAUUGA